AUGAUACCCAUAGUGAACAUCAAAGUUAACUGUGUACCCCAACAAAAUACUUUAUUGCUUAAUAUGCCAAGAUCAAAGACCAACCGCUCAAACAAAUCCAACAACUCCACCAGCACCAAUGGCUAUGAAUCUGCUGAGCAAAUUUCACCAAGUAAUGUAGGGGAACUUUUGGAUCUUAUGGAGCAAAGAACCAGAGUUCCAAGCAGUGCUCCAAUGGCUCCAUCACCCAAAAGAGCACGCACAAACAAUGAGAAUGAUCCAUCUGAGAGCACUCAUACAAUUGAAGAUGUGUAUCAGAAAAUUGACCAGGUGAGCACCUUCCUUUUGAGUAGUGCUCAAAAUGUAGCUUCAAACACAGUUGCUACUAUUGCAAGUGAGGUUGUAGAAAAUGUCCUUGCUCCUGGACGUAUUCCUACUGUAGAUAACUACAUGUUUAAUGAGAGCUUGUACAGUCAGUACAAUGGAUCAGAAACAUGUUGCUCUGAUGAAAACAGGCAAAUAAUUCAGUCUUUGUGGCCCAUAUUGCCAACAAGAAGUCAAAGGAGAAUAAGUCCAAAGAACAGAAGACCAUUGACAACAAAUCUUUGCGGUACCAUCAAAGAGACUAGCAAAAGACAGCUCUUUGCUUUUGCCUCAAAAAAAGAGUAUUUUGUGAAGACGUUUGGAGAAGGUGGCAACAUUCUUCUUCAGGCUGAUUAUACGUCAGGUCUGGACUCUGACAAUGAUAAUGAUUCUGGUUCAUCAGGUUGUUUUUGGCGAUUUUGGCCAACAUGGAGAAGCGAUGAGAUACUAUAUAAAGAGAUAAAAUAG